CACUUCUCUUCCGUUCCGCAUUGCUUCAAUUAUACCCUGGCUCUCUCUCUCUCACCUGAUUAAUUAUUACCUCUCUCCCACCGAAACCUAACCCACCAGCAAAUUCCCAUUCAUUAUACUAAUCACUGAUAACUUUUUACUAUGCAUUUCUAGUUCUUGGCGUGCAAGUCGAACUACUACUUCUGGGGUUCGUUUCUUUGGUUUUCUGCGUAUUGUUGUUGGAUUAUUCAUGGAAUUAAUGGAGCAAUCGAGGCCUGUGAAUUUGGCCAUGACGUUUGACGAGGUCUCCAUGGAGCGAAGCAAGAGCUUCGUCAAUGCCUUGCAGGAACUCAAGAACCUGAGGCCCCAGCUUUAUUCUGCUGCAGAAUACUGUGAAAAAUCUUAUUUUCACAGCGAACAGAAACAAAUGGUGCUUGACAACCUGAAAGAUUAUGCUGUAAGAGCCUUAGUGAAUGCUGUUGAUCAUCUUGGAACUGUUGCAUACAAGUUAGGGGACCUACUCGAGCAGCAAACUUCGGAUGUCUCAACCAUGGACUUGAAGGUCUCUACUCUGAAUCAGCAAUUUCUAACAUGCCAAAUUUACACGGAUAAAGAAGGUCUUAGGAAACAGCAAUUGUUUGCUUUAAUUCCCAGACAUCAUAAGCACUACAUAUUGCCAAACUCUGUCAAUAAGAAGGUGCACUUUAGUCCACACAUACAGAUUGAUGCAAGGCAAACUCUUUUUCAAGCUAGAAGCCAAUCUCAUAUUCCGGGUACCCCUGCAUCGAAAACACUUUCUUGGCAUUUGGCUUCAGAGACUAAGUCUACAUUGAAAGGCACUUCAUAUUCUUCAGCUAACCCUGAGGACUCAAAAAUUUCUCCUCCAACUACUGUAGCUUUCCAACUUUUAGAUAAUGUAGAGAGUACACGGGUGAAAUCUUCAGCAGCACAAAUUCACUUUCCCAAUGGAGGUCUCACAUCUAGUACAGAUGUUCAAACAAUGGGUAUCACCCGUAAGGAUUCGUUGGAGGGUUCCAAACAAUUGACGGCAUUCAAGUCAUUUGACAACCAAAAUCGGCGUGAGAUUUCUUACACCCCCGCUCGCAGCAAGAGUGUGCUAUCAGCUUUCUUUGCCAAGCCAAAAGUUCCCAAGACCAGUUAUGUCUCAUGAUUAAUUCUGAAAAGCAAGCUUCUUCAUAUUGUGGGUAGAUGUAGAUGCCUUAAUAUAGGUCAAGAUGAUAAAAAGUAACUCAGUUGCUGUCAAGUUCUUCAAUAGAAUUAUAACAUGUGACGUUUUUACUCAUAACAAAAUUAAUAAUGCAAUGCCCCAUGGUAAAAGAAUGGGGCAAAAAAUUCACUUGUUAUGUUUCUAUUGAAGCAUAUCAUGGCAGACACUGAAGGGACGACCACCUUACCUUGGACACAAUAAGACGCGUGUUCCUCUUCUAUGUGGCCAUUCGUGCAGUUCCAUGGAAUCGAGUUUUAUAGGACAAGCCUUUGAAUAAUGAUCCUGUGUAUAGUAGCUGACUGGCCAACCUGUAAUGAAUAAUAAUGGUGUUGAUCUUCUCCUGGUUGAGUCUUUUUGCCUUUUCUUAAAAUUGUGUUUGAUUUGUGAUUUUUACCAGCUGCGUUUAGGUGCUUUUAGAUGAAGUUUGUAUUACUGAUUCUAUGGAAAAUGUUGUGAUUUUUUCCCCUCCCGUUUCGAGUGCUGCUUGCUGGAAGGGGCCCAUUUUAGUUUAAUACCAGCUUUUAUCUUCUCUUCUUUUUUAA